AUGUUACUAAGGAGAAGAACAACCUCGUAUUUCCGAAACCUCACUACAGAAACCAAACAAGGUAGUGAUUAUUCCAAAGAUCAAAACUUUACUCAUAUUCUCAAUGAAAUCUGCACCAUCACUCGAACCAAACCCCGUUGGGAGAAUACCCUUCUUUCCCAAUACCCAUCUUUCAAUUUCUCAAACCCCAAUUUCUUCCUCCAUUAUCUCAAUCAUCAGAACAACACCUUCCUCUCUCUUCGUUUCCUUCACUGGCUCACUUCUCAAUGUGGGUUCUCACCGGAUCAAUCUUCGUGUGAUGCUCUUUUUGAUGCCCUUGUUGAUGCUGGUGCCUGCAAAGCUGCAAAGUCAUUGCUUGAUGAUUGUCCUGAUUUUAAUCCAAAGCCUGCUUCUUUGGAGAAUUACAUUCGAUGUCUGGGGAAAGGCGGAAUGGUUGGGGAUGCAGUUGAUGUGUUUUUUAGAUUGAAAAAGGUUGGAUUUUUACCUUUGGUGUCAACUUUUAAUGUAUCUUUGUUGGCUUGUUUGAAAGUUGGGAGGACUGAUUUGGUUUGGAAAUUGUAUGCGCAUAUGAUUGAAUCUGGUGUUGUCGGUAGCAUUGAUGUUGAAACUGUUGGGUGUCUUAUUAAGGCGUUUUGUGCUGAAGGUAAAGUUUUUGAUGGGUAUGAACUUCUUAGACAGGUUCUUGAGAAGGGUUUGUGUCCUGAUAAUACUGUUUUUAACUCGCUUAUAGCUGGUUUUUGUAAGGAGAGUCAAUAUGCUAGAGUUUCUGAGAUUCUUCAUAUUAUGAUUUCAAUGAAGUGUAAUCCGGGUAUAUAUACUUAUCAAGAAGUCAUUAAUGGACUCUUCAAGAGGAAGAAGAAUGAUGAGGGUUUUAGGGUUUUUAACGAUCUCAAGGAUAGAGGGUAUUUUCCAGAUAAGGUUAUGUAUACUACGGUUAUCAAAGGUCUUUGUGAUAUGGGGUUACUUGGUGAGGCUAGGAAGUUGUGGUUUGAGAUGAUUUGUAAAGGACUUGUGCCGAAUGAGUACACAUAUAAUGUAAUGAUAGAUGGUUAUUGUAAGAUUGGUGAUUUGGUUGAGGCAAAGAAGCUCUAUGAUGAUAUGUGUGAUAGAGGUUAUGCGGAAAAUGUGGUUAGCUACACUACCAUGAUUUCGGGUCUGUGUUUGCGUGGAAGGGUUGAUGAAGCUCUGAGCUUGUUUCAUGAGAUGUCUCGAAAGGGUGUUGCUCGUGAUUUGAUUAGUUACAACUCUUUAAUCAAAGGCCUUUGCCAGAAUGGCGAGCUAGUCAAGGCUACUGAUUUGUUGCAUGAACUUCUUGCACAGGGCUUUGAGCCAUCAGUUUCUUCAUUUACUCCUCUCAUAAAAAGCCUUUGUGAAGUCGGUGAAACUGGGGUUGCAAUGAGGUUGUUGAAAGAUAUGCAUGAUAGGCAUUUGGAACCAAUUGCUAGUACACUUGAUAAUAUUAUAGUUGGGUUAUGUAAAGAAGGAAAUGUUGCUCAAGGUAUGGAAUGGUUGCUAAAGAUGAUAAGUUGGAAGCUGAAACCCAAGGAGCAGACCUUUGAGAACCUGAUUGACGGUCUAUCACAGGAAGAUAGGUUAGAUGAUAUUUUGAUUGUUUUAGAUUUGAUGUUUAGAGAAGGAUAUAGACUCAAAGAAAGCAUAAUUCAUUCUUUGGUCAGUAAAUUUUGCAAAGAGAAUUUCCAUUUUCCUAAGUUGUGUUUGGAGGAGUUCGGAGAAAGAAAUUGA